AUGUUUCCAACAACCAAAUCUUUGGCAAUGGAAGCAAAACCAGAAAUCGAUUUAUCAAACAAGUUUGAAGAUUUAAAAAAGGAGCUGGGUGCUUUUAGCACCACGGAUUUUGACAGUUCCUUAGAAAAGCUUCUAAUCUUUGAGAAGCAAGUGCGUCAAGCCUCGGACGCAAUCACCAAUACGAAAGUAUUAGGUUUUAUUGCGGACCUUUUAUACCAUGCCCACGAUUUCCAAGGCCUGAAUGAACAGCUGGUGAACCUGUCUAAAAAGCAUGGCCAACUCAAGCAAGCAAUGACGAGCCUUGUUCAACAUGUAAUGAAUUAUUUACCUGCUAUUGAAGACUUAAAGACCAAAAUAGACUUGAUUGAGACUUUACGAACAAUUACGGAUGGAAAAAUUUAUGUAGAAGUUGAAAGAGCUCGUCUCACCCAGCUUUUGUCACAGAUCAAAGAAGAGCGUGGUGAUGUUAAAGCGGCUCAGGAAAUUCUAUGUAAUGAACCUGUUGAAACUUACGGCUCUUUUGACCAGAAGGAAAAGGUUGCUUUUAUACUUGACCAAGUGCGUUUGUUCCUCUUACGUUCUGAUUUUUAUAUGGCCUCUAUUUUUACUAAAAAGAUUAAUACCAAAUUCUUCGGAAAAGAAGGAGUUCAGUCUCUAAAACUCAAAUAUUAUGAACAAAAAAUUCGUAUUGGGUUGCAUGACGAUGCUUACCUUGAUGUUUGCAAAUACUACCGCGCCGUCUAUGAUACUUCUAUUGUCCAGGAGGAUCCGGAAAAAUGGAAGGAGAUUUUGGAGAACGUCGUCUGCUUUGUCUUGUUAAGUCCUUAUGAUAACGAGCAAGCUGACUUGCUUUAUCGCAUCAACUCCGAUCAUAAACUGAACUCUCUUCCUUUACUUCAACAAUUGGUAAAGUGCUUUACAGUUAAUGAAUUAAUGCGUUGGCCAAAAAUUUCCGAAAUUUACGGUUCUGUUUUGAGAAGCACUCCUGUUUUUGCCGAGAAUGAUGAGAAGGGCGAGAAACGCUGGUCUGAAUUGCGCAAACGUGUCAUUGAACACAACAUGCGCACAGUUGCUAAGUACUACUCUCGUAUUCAAUGUGAUCGUUUAGGCGUUCUUUUGGACAUGAGCCGCGAGGAAACCGAACUGUUUUUGUCUGAUCUCAUUACCAAAGGUCAAUUUUAUGCUCGUAUCGAUCGUCCUGCCCAAGUAAUUACUUUCAAGAAACCCAAGAACGUUCAUGAACAGCUUAACGAAUGGGGUUCAAAUAUCUCCGCUCUUCUUGAAAAGUUAGAGAAGACGAGACAAUUAAUUAUAAAAGAGGAAAUGAUGCAUUCGAUACAGCAGGCUGUAGCCAAAUAA